UUAUUCAAUAAAAAUGUCACAGUGCGUGCGAUCAGUGUCCAGCAGACUGAUAUCCUGCGUUAACUCGAGGAAACGGCUGAUGGAAGUUGAUCGCCGGCUGCCAAAACACACGAAAAGAUGCGCACUGCUUCAAAAGUACGACACAUUAUCAAUCAGUCCACCAAAAGUCGAUGAAUUGACAGCACCGUAUCUCACAAACCGAUUUGUCGUCGGCAUUCAUGGGAAUCCCUUGAGACCUUAUUCAACUGCGUCUAGUAGUCCCAAAGAAUCUGUGGUUGUGCAGAAUUAUGAUAAUUCUCCAGAUAAUGAGAAGGGAAAUGAGGAGAGGAGGAGACCCACUCCGGAGCAAAUUAAAGCUGUCUAUAAGGUUCUCGAGGAUAAUCUACCCAAGUUAUUUGUAGCUCCUCUCGAUUAUCACAUCUAUCAUCCGGACAUAGAGUUCGUAAAUAAUUUCAAAGGAAUAACUACAAAAGGAAUCACUAGUUACAUAAAACAAAUGUUAUACUUGAGGACGUCAGCCCAUGUGAUGUGUGCCUAUGUUCGACUUGAAGUAUUGAAAAUAACGAUGCACCCCGAGGACAAUACCAUUAAAGUCCGAUGGCGAAUUAGAACUUUAUCAAACCUCAAGGCCUUCACAAUGUUUUGGAAAAUCAAGAUCCUCAAGCUGUCUGAGAGUAUGCAAGGGCUAGAAUCCUGGUACGACGGUUUCUCCACAUACUACAUAGGCCCAGAUGGUCGAGUAAUAAGGCACGUUGCUGACAAAAUGAUGCCCGACGACGAGACGAUCCCAGCAAAAGAGAAGCCUAGCAUAGCAGCCAAACUGGCUGCGUGAGUUUUGCUCCCAGGAUCUCGAGUAGAUCCAAUGAUCAGCCCUUUUCGCCAGGUUUCCACUGCACGUAUUAGAAAAAAAACUCCACAAAGCCUUUACCCACAGCAAAUCGUGGACUCAUCGAAUUGACCAGCAUUCAAUGGAAUAAUUCCACUUAGACAUAUUUAUUUAUGAUUACAAUACGCGAAAAAUGUUACUCUCGAUCAUUCGUAAAAAGUAAUCAGCAAACUUUCUCCAGUCUUUCAUCUCUAGAGUUCGAAUGAAUAGUUGGAGCUUUACGUGUUUGUUGAUUUUAUGAAUAAAAGUCAAUUUGAUUUAUAUA